AGCUAUUUAUCACAAAGCUCGGGAUACUUAAUUGUGAAAUUCAAAGAAUCCAUCUCAAAUCUACAACAGAACUGACUGAAAAAGAGUAGGGAAGUUCAAAAUAGCUCACUUACAAAUCCGUGAUUAUCCGAUUUGACAAUAUGUCUGCUGCCAACACUACUAGUGAAAACAUAGAGCCAGUUGCUCUCGAAGAGGAGACAGCCAUGUCGCUCCCGCUUUCAAAAAUCAAGAAGAUAUUCAAGAUGGACCCGGAAUUCGCCGGGGCUUCUGCUAGUGCGGUCUAUGCCACUGGUGCAGCUACAGAAUUAUUUGUACAGUAUCUCGUAGAACAAGCGUCCAUGAACGCCAAAUCAGAGAAACGCAAGAAGAUCCAGUAUCGGGACUUGAGUGCCACGGUGAGCUCACAAGAGUCCCUUCAUUUUUUGAGCGAUACGAUUCCAAAGACACAGACCGUUGAGAAAGCGUUGAAGGAAAAACGCAUCAAUAUUUCCGAAGAGGAUCGCAAGACUUACAGUUCGCUUUUGGAAGAAAAUGGCGCCGUGGCCGACAAUGAUACAAAGUUGCUGGCAGGAUCUGCGGCUGAAUCAGAAAAGAUGAAACCCGCUUUGGAUAAGGGCCAGGCCACACUACCUUUUCAAAGUAUGGCAAAUGCUAAUGUCAAGAAAGCCGGAUUGCUGGACCUUAUUGCUGCAGAUGACAAUGCGCCAGGCGACUCUGAUGCUAUGGUUAUUGACGAGUAAGAAUUUCGAAAGCCUCUCUGAUAAUAUUGCGUUUUCCGAUAGCAUGCCAUAUUUCUUUCUAUGGAAUUCUAUGGGACGGUCUAGGCCACAAUUCUCCAAGCAUAUCGAGCACGCAUUGUAUUAAGGUGGUUUUCAUGCAGAAGCAGGGAAUCUACCCAAGUAGUAAUUAGCAUCCAAAGUUUCUUUCUAUCUAUGAAUUUCCAUGUCUUCAGGAUUGUACAUCCUUGUCGAACCGGAUUUCAAAAGGCACGGCACGACUUGGACUAAAGCUUCAUCAACUAAAGCCACCUUUAAUAGUUUUAUAUAUAUCAUACCAUCAAGUGAAUGUGAGUGGUCGAUC